AUGUCAACCUCGAAGUUUCAAACACUGGGUACGGUGGUCGUCGUCGGUGGAUGCGGGUUCCUGGGUAGCCACAUCGUCAGCUACAUCGUCAAGCGCCAUCCCCAGACACGGAUUGCGGUCCUCGACUUGCGCACAAACUCGAACCGUCAUGCGAGCAGCACAGUCUCCUACCACGAUGGCGACAUCACCGAUCUGGCCGCUAUGCAGAAGUUCUUCGCUCAAACCAAGCCCGACGUCGUCAUCCACACAGCCUCUCCGCACUUCAACCUGCCACCUGCGAUCCACAACAAGGUCAAUGUUGAGGGCACCAAGAACCUGCUGAAGGCAUCGCAAGAUGCGGGAGUCAAGGCUUUUGUAUACACCAGCUCUGCUAGUGUCAUAUUUGGUGGAAGCACUGAGCUUGUCAAUGCGGACGAGAAGUGGCCCUUGGUUACUGGAGAUGCGCAGCCUGAGUACUACACCACCACCAAGGCUUACGCUGAGACGUACGUGCUCGAAGCUAACCGCAAGCCAGAGAGCUUCCUUACCGCCGCCAUUCGCCCCGCAGGUAUCUUUGGAGAGGGAGACGUACAAUUACUCCCCAAGAUGGUCACCGCUUACAAGGAUGGGAAGACCAAGUACCAGGUCGGCGAUAACGACAACCUCUUCGACUUUACGUACGUUGAGAACGUAGCGCAUGGCCACGUCCUUGCGGUACUGGCCCUCCUCAGCACACACAAGUUCCUGCCUACCGUCCCCAUUGACACCGAGCGCGUCGAUGGCGAGGCUUUCUUCAUCACGAACGGCGAGCCAGUGUUUUUCUGGGACUUUGCGCGCGCAGUAUGGCACGAGGCCGGCGACCGUCUGCCACUGAAGUCUGUAUGGCAUCUGGAUGCCGGGUUCGCCAGCAUGGUCGGCUUCUUCUCAGAGUGGGCUAUGUGGGCAAUGGGCAAGACACCCAAUUUGACAAGGGCGCAAGUCCGAUACAGCACCUUGAAGAAGUACCACAGCAUCGCAAAGGCAAGGAACAGGCUUGGCUAUUCGCCAAUCGUCAGUCUGGAUGAGGGAGUCCGGAGGGGCGUGAGGUAUAUCAUCGAGCAGGAUGAGAAGGCAGGCCAGAAGAAGGGACAGUAA